GAUUACAGCUUGUGGGCGCAAUGCAUACUACUCUUCUCAAACAAGUCAGUCAAUUAAUGGUGUUAUCGCCGUACACGAUACGGUAGACCGGGCUUUGUUCAACAGAAACGUAAAGGGAGAGAUUGCUGCACACUACGUGCCGGCAAGCCAGUCUUCCUGCUAGAGGAGUCUGAAUUAAUCGAAUUAGUAUAUUCGAGUAAGGAAAGUGUAACGUUUUAAUGAGUGCAAUUGUGGCAACCGCUUGGCUCGUUCUGGUGGAAUUAAACGAAUAUAUUGUGUAGCCUUUAAGGUGAUUUUUGGUGAAAUUCUGUUUUCGUUCAGAAGAAAGCCCAGAUUGUCUGCCGCUACAUGAGCAGCUCGGACCAGGUGGCAGGGCAAUCGUCGUCCGCCACCGCGAUAUUAGAUGAUAAGCACAACUUUUCCGCCGGAGAUAAAAAAGCUGUUACGGGAGCCGAAACAAAAGCCGCCGCUGAGCAGCUAGAUGAGUUUACGGAUCCAUUCUGCAACGCUGAUAUUCCACAGAUAAUUACCUUCCAGGAUGUUACUUCGGCGGCCUUUAAAAUCAAAAACGGAAUCGAGUACACGCCUUGUCCGAAAUCCCAUUUGUCCGAGAUGGUCGAUAUGGAUAUAUAUCUGAAGAAGGAGUUCCUACAGUUCACCGGAAGCUUCAAAGAACGAGGGGCGCGAUAUGCAUUGGUCAUGCUUCCCAAAGAACAACGAAAGAAAGGAGUGAUAUCGGCUUCCCUGGGAAAUCACGCACAAGGCCUGUGCUAUCACUGCUGGAAGCUGGGAAUCCCAGUCACAGUGGUAAUGCCAUCAAAAGCCUCUCUGAUGAAGAUACAGAAGUGCCGUGACUAUCAUGCCAACGUAAUCGUGCAGGGCUCCGACAUGGGUGAGGCAAAAAAGAUUGCGUUGAAAAUGGCACACGAAACGGGCCAAACGUAUAUCAAUGGUUACGAUCAUCCCCACAUCAUGGCCGGCCAGGGCACAAUCGGUCUGGAAAUCGUCGAACAAGUAAGCAACAUUGAUGCCAUUGUGGUCCCAGUUGGAGGUGGUGGACUGAUUGCAGGAGUGGCAACUGCCAUCAAGAAUUUAAGCCCUCAAACCAAAAUCAUUGGAGUGGAAUCGGAAAAGUGCCCAAGUUUCACAAAGGCACUGGAAAACAAGGCCCCGGUGUACACCCCAAACAAGGAAACUCUAGCCGAUGGCCUGGCCGUUCCGCAAGUGGGCUACAAUGCAUUCGCCACAACGGUGCCCCUGCUGGACAAGAUGAUCGUUGUCAAAGAAGAGUGGAUUGCACUGGCUAUUUUGAGACUGGUCGAGCAGGAAAAAUGCGUCGUGGAGGGUGCCGGUGCAUCGGGCCUAGCAGCUAUACUUGCCGGUCAUUUGGACGAGUUCAAAGCGAAAAGGGUCGUCCUCCUGAUAUGCGGCGGUAACAUUGACACCACAAUUUUUGGUCGGUGCCUUGAGCGUGGCCUGGCGGCAGAUGGUCGGUUGCAGAGAUUCACGGUAACGGUCAGCGAUGGUCCGGGCGGUGUAUCGAAGCUGUGUAACUUAUUGGCCAAACUUGGUGUUUCCAUUAAGGAUAUAAUGCACGAACGUGCGUUCAUACGAGACAUCCACAGCGUUGAGGUUAAAGUUGUCUGCGAAACACGUGACUGGAUCCAUGCCCAGGAGAUGCGAAACGCACUGCAGGAAGCGUACGACAACGUUUACUUCUACGACCUUCCCAUGGCUAUCGGACAGGGAAGCUAGAAUACGGUAGUUUGAUGAUGGGCGGCUGGAUAAUCUAGUGUCAAAUAAGUAGAAGCUUAACACGAUUUAUUAUAUUUGCAGUGUAAAUUGUUCUCUUGAUUAAUUAAAAUAAUGAUGAGACAUGUA